GUUUGUUUCAGCUCUAAUAUACAGACUUGUGAAAUAAGUUAAAGGAAUCCCAUUAUUUGCCACCUAAUAUCUACAAUAAAAAGAGACAUGGAUGCAACUGCAGACAAUGUAAUCGACGCAGAAGACGAAUGGCUUCUUCAAUGGAAUCAAAUCGAUUUUGAAAGCCUAUUCCAAGAAACUGAACUAUUUCAAUUGGAGCAAAAGCUUACAAAAGCGCGCGAUGUUCGCGAUAAGCUAACGAUUGCAUUGAAAGAGGCGAAUAAUAAUUUCGAUCUUCUUCAGGAAGAUUUUGAAAAGCAGAUGCAUAAACUUCAAUACACCAGUUCCCAGAAAGAGCAACUUAUCAUCGAACGUGAUGGCUUAUUAUUGCAUGUGCAGGAAAUGAAAGACGCCAAUAUUAAGCUUAAACAGCAAGUAAACGAGCAGUCUGCAUCAAUGCAGAAAAUCACUGAAGACUACCAUGCCAGGCUGGCAGAAACUGAAGAAGAUCGACAACAAUUAUUGGGAGAAUUACGCAGCCAGGAUGCCCGCUACACAAUUCAAAUGGAAGAAUUGCAAGGAAAGGCUGACGAGUGCUUGAACCUUAAACAAUUACUUAAACGGGAGCGGGAAAACAUGAAUUGUCCCAUUUGUUUCUGUCCGUGGGAAGAGUUGGGAUGUCAUCGAUUGGUUACCCUACGUUGUGGUCAUUUAUUUGGCGACAGUUGUCUACGAGAUCACUUGAAUAGAUGUCUGGAAUGUCCACUUUGUCGUUCCCAUGCUGACAACAGUCAAUUAAUAUACAUCUAUGGUCGGAAUGUGCUUCCAAAUAAUUUUUGAUAAAAAGCAACAAUUGUAAU